AUGCCUCAGCUGGACGGAAAGGACACCACACCCUCCUCCUUCAACGAAGACAAGCCUCCUGCCCCCAAGUUGGCUCAAGCAGCUUGCAACUCACUCAAAGAGUCAAACACCGUCAUGGCUAAGCUCCUGGAGCAUAUAACAGUUCUGCAAAGGACGCUGGAGAACGAGCGGCAGGCCCAUAAAGCCACACGGGCCAAGCUGAUAGAGCAGAUGGAGAUGCGGAUCGCGCUCCAGCUGGACAUGGUGGAACUGCAGAUGCAGACGUUGAGGAUGAUGGGCCAGAAGGUUCCAACGGCAGGAGAGGGGAAGAACAAUGACGUUCUUGAUGGAAAAGACUAG